AAUAAAGGGAAAAGAGAAUUUCAAUUGAGUCCUCCACUCCUGCUAAUCCCUUGACCAACUGCUCCUACACCUGAACGUCCUUAGCCUGAUAACUUCACCGUUCCCAAACAGAAACAGCUAAACAAAAAACUCACUAAUUAAUGAAUGCUGAUUCAAAAAUUACUUGCAGAUAUUUUGUAAACGAGCAGAUGCCUUGAAGGCAUCAACGCGCUCGCGAACGCAACGCAGCUAUUGACCAUUGUCCACGUCAAAUGUGCGGCCCUGAUUGAUUGCACGAAGUGGCGCCCUCUUCACAUUCCCCUGCGAAGUUUACAUUAAUUUUAAUUGGUGCUGUUGCUGAUUUGGAUGUCAUCACCUCCUGACGAUUUAGCACCUCAGAACACAGCCACAUCAGUUCCGAAGACUAAAGCAGUUGUGGCAACUGCUACUGCAAAUUCCUAUGGCUCCGCGGUGUCCACCAGUGUUGAGGAUUCAGCCAACCAAGAGCGAGGCGAAGAACAAGAGGAGGAAGCCGAAUUGAAAUAUGGAGCUGGACAUGUAAUCAAUCUUUUCGUGCCCGUUUCAUUAUGUAUGGUCAUGGUAGUAUUCACUAUGAAUACGGUUACAUUCUACUCGCAGAACGAUGGACGGCACUUGUUGUACACUCCUUUUGUAAAAGAAACAGAUAGUGCCAGCGAGAAGGUACUAAUGUCUUUGGGAAAUGCGCUUGUCAUGCUGUGCGUCGUGGUAGUCAUGACGGUCAUACUUAUCCUGUUUUACAAGUAUAGAUGCUAUAAGGUCAUCCACGGAUGGUUAAUGGCCAGUAGUUGCUUAUUGUUGUUCUUGUUCUCGACUAUCUACAUACAAGAAGUCAUGAAAAGUUUCAAUAUAUCCUUGUCAGUUUUCACUGUUUGUUUUUGUCUCAUCAAUUUUGGCGUUGUCGGAAUGAUGUGCAUACAUUGGAAAGGGCCCCUGAGGCUGCAGCAGUUUUAUCUGAUAUCUAUGUCGGCUUUGAUGGCUCUUGUGUUCAUAAAAUAUCUACCAGAGUGGACGGUGUGGUCUGUACUGGCUGUGAUUUCAAUCUGGGAUCUGAUUGCUGUUCUUGCUCCUAAUGGUCCACUGAGGAUAUUAGUAGAGACCGCGCAGGAACGAAAUGAGCCCAUCUUUCCGGCUUUAAUUUAUUCAUCGGGCAUAAUGUAUUCGUUUGUAUUCGCUGGCACCCUGGAAGUUGAGGAAGAUGGUGCACAAGUGCAGCCACCCGCAGUUAGUUCUUCCGAGGAGUCGACUCCUUCUACUAGUGGGCUUUUGGUGACUAGCGGAGGAUCCGCGGCGCGUGUUAAGCGGUAUGCUCCGCAGCGAAGUCAGAAACCAGAAAAGGUUCCUGGUGACAUGUCGCAAGAGGCGGUUAGAUCUUUGAACGAAGCACCUCGGACGGCGUACAAUACGAGAAUCCAACCGAACCUUGUUAGACGAGAUCAAGACGAAAAAGGCGUGAAACUUGGACUUGGUGAUUUUAUUUUCUAUUCUGUUUUGGUCGGGAAAGCAAGUUCUUAUUUUGACUGGAACACUACGGUUGCAUGUUACGUUGCGAUUUUGGUUGGACUUUGCUUUACUCUUGUUCUCCUUGCUGUUUUCCGUCGAGCGCUACCUGCGUUGCCAAUUUCGAUCUUUGCUGGCUUGUUGUUCUACUUUUCCACUAGAUGGAUUGUAACACCGUAUGUGUCCGAACUUACGAGACGACAAUGGAUAUACUGAUAUAAUUUAAUACUUGUACAUCUUUGUUAUAGGUGAACACAUCAAAUUUCAUUACUUCUCUUUUUUUUGUCUGCUACUCAGUUCAUAUCUUAAUUUUUCUGUUAUCUUUUCUUUUGGACGUUCGCACAUCGUCCUUGAAAAUGUGCAUACUUUGAUAUCUCAAUGUUUUUGACAGUCUUACUCGCUACCGACAAAUCAAGUUAGAAACUCAAACUCUCUUCGUAAUCAUGUUGUUGACUUUCCCACCUUAUUUUUGUCUGAAUUUGCUCUACAAUAAUGUUGACAUAAAGAGUC